CUGUCCGUACUACGAUACGAUCUCAGAUGUCAUAAAAGAAGUGCGCUGUACAUCUUUCUGCCUACAGAAUGAUGACUUACAAGUUAUCUGUGAGUUGGAAAUUUGAAAAAAAACCACAUUGCUGUAUCUUUAAAAAUGGUGUAUAUUACAAAUUGUUUUAAAAUUCAUCACUCAUACAUGCAUGUGGUAAUCAGCCUAAUUUUAAUGUUUGUCAUUCUCAUAGCCGAAUUUAGGUUACGAUUGACUACAGCUAUAUGUAUACUGAGUUUAUACAUUUAUCAUUAAGACGGGACUACAGUGAAAUGCAUUUGUGAAAAUACUUGUUUGAAAAUUGCUGUUGUUGUUUCUCCUGUUUCGUGUUAAAGGCACCUGUCCAUCAAUAUCCAAUGAUGAUUCAUGCAAUCAGAAAUGUAAAAAUGAUUUUGAAUCUGACAAAUGUGAGUAUCGUAUGACUGUUACUUAAUGUUUUGAGGGGUAUCAACAAAAGUAUUGAUAGAGGAUAUUGAAUGUUUUGUUGUUGGAUAUAGAAUUUAUUUCACGAUUAGUGAGACAGGAUUUCUAUGAAAAUACGGAUGUAUAUUUAAUUGCUGUGAUAAAAUGUAAAACUUUAUUUGGAAAUUAAGGAUUAUCUCCCGCAUACAUACCUCUUAUCCUUAGACGAAUUUGACUCCACUUUUUGGCACUCAGUUUUUUCCUAAAAUAACUCUAGCAAGUUUAGUGUUAUUUCGGAUUUCAAACAGUUCGGUUGAACAUCACUGAGGAUACAUUAUUUGUCGAAAUGCGCACCAGGUGCAUCAAAAUUGGUACCGUAUAACUUUUACAUAUUUCCACGUGUGCAAAACACGAGUGAGAAUGCAAAAAAAAAAAAAUAAAAUAAAUAAAAAUCCUGUGAGUGAAAUAAAAUCUAUAUCAAACAACAAAAACAUUGAAUUUUCUGUUUAUUAUAUUUUCAUCGGUUUUUCCUUCAGCACUAAUAAAAAAUAAUCAUAUGCACCGCGAAAACAUACCGAUAAAACAGCUUAGCGCCAUCUUGGUACUUUUGUACUUUAUUUGUAAAUUUGAAAACACAAGGUGUAGUUUCAAAGAAUCUACAUAACAGAAGAUAUGUGUAGCCUACAUUUGUUUACUUCACAGCACAAGAUUGAGUCGCUCUGGCAGAAAGUACCGGCAAGUUUAAAUUUAGGGCUGACAUCACACAAAAUACGUCAUGUACCAGAAAAAGCUGUAUAAUAUGCAUGUUUUGCUUUGGUGAAACUUUUACCCUUCACAACUUACUACAGCAUGCUGCAUUGUCGCCAAUUAAGUUCAAUGCAGUAAAAUAUCAAAAGCAUCACAGAAUCAUGAAAGACAUCUUUUGUGAACCUGACAAAGUUUCUACUACAAUUAGCCCAACAACGAAUAUCAUUUCUGGGGGACACGAGUUAUGGAAUUCGUCAGAUUUACAAAUAAAUCUCAGCCCAACAGUCAGUAUUACUUCCGGGAGAAAUGAUGCACGGAAUUCACCAGAAUCACAUCUUAAUGGCAGUGCUGUGGGAAUCGCUUUUGGUGUAAUCGUGCCGCUUAUCCUGCUAAUUGUUGCAGGAAUUCUUCUGUUCAAGAAAAGACGUCAGACACAAGAUACGAGUAAGAGAGAGACAACAUUGGAAAUUGGUGAAUGUAAAGCUCUAGUAAGUAAGGAAGCAAUAUAUCUGGAGGAAAAUGAACAGAACCAACAACAGAUAGAGAAAGAAGAAAGUGGCUGCAGUGAGUUACAGGACCUUUUGGAAUACAUGUGUACAGGACCAGCUAGAAAGAUAUUGUUUACGGUUGUGAAGAUGUAUGUGGAGAAUCCAGACAGUUAUUUCCACAAUGAAUCAAAAAAGGGUUUAGUAAAAUCAGUAUUACCAACAGAGUACCAUUCAGCUGUUGACUCUGACUCUGAAUACAGAAAUUCUAUUCCUGUAUGUUACACCAUUCUACAAUUGUCACUUAGUGCGGAACAUGAACCAAAAUCUGGUUGGGGUCAAAGGGUCGAGGAUUUAGACACCGGGGUAGGAGAUGAUGUAGAGAGAGUGUAUCAAGCUCACACACUGAGUAGAGAAAUUCACAAUCCAGAGGAAAUAUCUGUUGAUGUAUAUGUAAGGCUAUUUGAAAUGUUGAUAGGAGCUGUAGAGAGAUUAGAUAUAAAGAGGAAAUGUAGCGAGGAUUACAGGGAGAUUGUGAGGAGAUGGGAUACCAUUCAGAGGAAGCUGUGGGUGAAGGACAGAUGGAAAACAUUUACAAAUUUUAUAAAGAAAUGGUCAUAAUAAAUACAAUUGUUUGUAUCCAUGCCUACACAUAUACUUGUAAAUAUUAAGUAGUGAGUUUAAAAGUAACAGUACAAUAAAUCCAACAGUGAUUAAAACCCAGGGCCACUAAAAGUCCAGUUACUUACUCCAGCUACUGAGCUGAAUUGUAUCUGGUCACUGGCAAUGAAAACAGGCUUAUCACCACAAGAUGAUACCGAUGCUUGUCAUAUAUUAAAUCUACAAAAAACAGAGUUUGAGAAACAGUAACUAAUAUGAUAGGACAUUUCAACAGUAACUUGGUAAAAAAGAAUUUGAAUAAUAGUAAUAUCACAAGACAGAUUUGAUUACAUAAAUUCGAGUCAGGCUUUGAUAAGCUAUUAAUAAUUAUAAAAAAAAAAACAAAGACCCCAACCCCAACCUCCACUAUUUGUUCCUCAAAUGGUAGUCAUAGAUAUGCUUUUACAUAGAUGCAAUAUAAGCAAUUUUCUUUGGAUAUAAUUAUAUGCUAGUUAAAUAUCUUUGAGUUAAUAUGCUGAAAGUGCUACGAUAAGUACAAAAUUUCGCACAGUGAGUUCACACAGAUUAAAAAUGUCAUCUUCUAUAUAUUGCAUAUUUCGUUUUUACAUUGUAUGUUGCACAUGAAGAAGAAUAAAACAUGUUAUAAUGUGAAUAA